UUUUAUAAAACUGACAAAAUGAGUGACGACAAAUCACUUCCAGGUUCCAGUUUGGAGUUGAAAAUAAUGGCUGAAGAUAGAAAAUUUUCCAGUCUAGAAGGCCAUGUAUGUGAAAAUACAUUAAAAGGGAUAGAGGACAUGGGAUUUACAGUAAUGACUGAAAUUCAAGCCAAAACUAUACCGCCAUUGUUGGAGGGACGUGAUUUAGUUGGAGCUGCCAAAACUGGCAGUGGGAAAACAUUGGCUUUUUUAAUACCCGCUGUAGAAUUGAUUUACAAACUUAAGUUCAUGCCCAGAAAUGGUACUGGUUGUAUAAUUAUAUCUCCUACCAGAGAAUUAUCAAUGCAAACUUAUGGUGUAUUAAAAGAAUUGAUGAAACACCAUCAUCACACCUAUGGCCUUAUGAUGGGAGGUGCAAAUAGGCAAACUGAAGCUAAUAAAUUGUCUAAAGGCAUAAAUAUAGUUGUAGCCACUCCUGGAAGAUUAUUAGAUCACUUACAAAAUUCUCCUGAUUUUCUUUAUAAAAAUCUUCAAUGUCUCAUUAUUGAUGAAGCUGAUCGUAUUUUGGAUAUUGGAUUUGAGGAAGAAAUAAAACAGAUAAUAAAUUUAUUACCUAAACGAAGACAAACAAUGCUAUUCAGUGCUACUAAAACACCUAAAACGGAUGCACUGACUACAUUUGCAUUGAAAAAAGAACCAAUUUAUAUUGGAGUAGAUGACAGUAAAGACGAAGCUACGGUUGAAGGUUUAGAACAAGGAUAUGUUGUAUGUCCAUCUGAAAAACGAUUUUUAUUGUUAUUUACAUUUUUAAAAAAAAAUAGAAAGAAGAAAGUUAUGGUAUUCUUUAGCUCAUGUUUGGCAGUCAAAUAUUUUCAUGAAUUAUUAAAUUACAUAGAUUUGCCUGUUAUGUGCAUACACGGUAAACAAAAACAAGAAAGACGAACAACUACAUUUUUCCAGUUUUGUAAUGCAGAAACUGGUAUAUUGUUAUGUACCGAUGUUGCUGCUAGAGGAUUGGAUAUUCCAUUAGUCGAUUGGAUUGUUCAAUUUGAUCCCCCUGAUGAUCCCAAAGAAUAUAUUCAUCGUGUGGGACGUACAGCUCGAGGUGAAGGUAGCAGUGGACAUGCUUUAUUAAUUUUACGCCCUGAAGAAUUAGGAUUUUUACAAUAUUUAAAAAAAGCAAAAGUGCCAUUAAAUGAAUUUGAUUUUUCAUGGAAUAAAAUAUCAGAUAUACAACUACAACUUGAAAAACUUGUAGCUAAAAAUUAUUUCUUGCAUAUAUCUGCAAAAGAAGCAUUUAAGUCAUAUGUCCGUGCUUAUGAUUCACACCAUCUAAAACAAAUAUUUGAUGUUGGAACUUUGGAUAUUACAAAAGUCGCAGCUUCGUUUGGAUUUACUACACCUCCAGCUGUUGAAUUAAACGCAAAAGCAGUUCGUCCUCGAAAACGACAUGGUGGUGGGGGUUUGGGAAAAUUCAAUAAUAUGAAUAAAGGUGAUAAAAAAGUAUAUAAAUUUGUACAACCUCCAGAAAAAAAGAAAAAAAGAAAUAAAUGA